GCUGAUUAUUUCCAAUUACUGAGAUUCACAUGGAUAAGCAAGCUGAUUAGGUCAUGAUUUCCUCAUGAAUCUGAUCUACCAAUAUUAUUUAUAUAUAUAGUGCAUAAGUCUUCUUAUAACUUUCAUCAAUCCUAAAAUACUCUAAACCAAAGAAAAAAAAAAUCAUUUUCAAGCUAUUUCAUCCUUGGUUCAAAAAUAUUUAUAGAUCCAAUGGACACCCAAAAUGCAAUUAAUGAAACACAAAGUAGCUAUGAUCGAAUCGGUGAACUUAAGGCGUUCGAUGAAGGAAAACUUGGGGUAAAAGGGCUUGUAGAUGCAGGAAUCAAAAAAAUUCCUAACAUGUUCAUUAGGCCACUUGAGGAUCGUCUAAAAGAUUUUGGCACAUCUUCCAAAAAUAAAAGUGUGCCAAUAAUAGACUUUGCUUCUCUCAGUGAUGAAAAUAAUGAUCGAACUGCAGAAAUUGCCAAGGAAAUAAUUGUGGCAUCUAAAGAAUGGGGAUUUUUUCAAGUGAUUAAUCAUGGUGUUCCUGAAGAAUUAUUAGAGAAGAUGAUUGAUCGAUGUCGAAUGUUUCAUGAGCAAGAUGCUGAAAUGAAGAAAAAGUUUUACACUCGCGAUUUUCAAUCAAAGUCUGUGUACUUUUUUAGCAACCACGACUUGUAUAAGUCAAAGGCUGCAUGUUGGAGAGACACUUUUUAUGUUAAUGCCCGACAUACAGGCGGUGAAGUCGAUCCUAAAGAGUUGCCUCCUAUAUGCAAGGAUGUAAUAUUAGAGUAUAUUAACCCUAUGCACAAGCUUGGUGAUCGCAUACUUAUGUUAAUAUCAAUAGGUCUUGGACUUGAAUCCGAAUGCCUUGGAAAUAUGGCAAAAGGUACAAAAAGUUGGUCAAUAGCUAACAACUAUUACCUAGCAUGUCCGGAACCAGAAUUAACCAUGGGAACUGAUGCUCAUGUUGAUACUUCAUUUAUUACAAUACUUUUACAAGACAGUAUUGGUGGACUUCAGGUUCUUCAUGAGAAUAAAUGGGUUGAUAUUGAGCCUGUUACUGGUGGUUUGAUUAUUAACUUUGGAAACAUACUUCAGAUGAUAACCAACGAUAUGAUAAAAGGUGCAUGUCAUCGAGUGAUUGCGAAAAGUGCUGGACCAAGGCUUUCUGUUGCAUUCUUUUUUAGUGGUGUUUUCUCAUCUGAGAAGAUACAUGGUCCAAUAAAGGAGUUAACAUCAGAAGAUAAUCCAUCUAUUUAUAGGAAAUUCUCAACAGAGGAAAUUAUCAAAAGCUUUUUCUCUAAAUCACUUGAAGAGGUUGGAGACAAUCUUGAUUAUUUCAAACUUAAGUACCAUGGUGAUGGAAACUAAUCAAUAUCAAAGGAAAGAUCGUGACAAAAUUGUGUUCAAUGCUAGACAAUAAACAAACUUAUCUUAUCUUUGUAGCAACUAGCAAUAUAUGUUUUCUUUAUAAUUGCAUAAAACUCUUUUGUUACUUUUUUUUUUAGUG